AUGCCGCGGCUGCCGUCCCUCGUGCGACCGCCCAGCGCCAUGGCUCCCGCAGCAGGGGCCGUGGUGCAAGACGGGGAUGCGGCGGGAGCGACUGGGCUGGGGCGCAGUGGCAGCAGAAGUAAUGGUGGCAGCGGAAAUGGUUGUGGUCAGCCGAACACUGGCAGCAACAGCAGCAGCAGCAGCAGCAGCAGUCUGGCUGCCACCACAUCGCCGGCUACCGAGGAUGCCGAGCGUAGCGAACUUCAGGCGUAUACACGCUUGGACCGCAGUGCUGUGCCGCUUGCCGGGGCCUCAGCAUGUGUUCCAGGAUGUGGGAGCGCUUUUGAUUCGCUGGCAGCAUCCCUGGCGCUCCUGGACGCCACUGCGUCGCGCGCAGGCGCAGCGUUGUCAGCCGCCUUGGAUGACGCAAUCCAAAAUAGGCGGGGCCUGGCGCAGGCAGAGAGCAACGGGGCCCUUGGCAGCUUCCAAGAGGCGCAGCCGGUGCCGUGCGACGAGGCAGCCUCCACCAUUGGGUCUCGUGGACGCAGCAUGAGCAGGGCCAGCAGCAGCAGACCUGCAUGCGGCGCAGAUGCUGCAACUGCACCCACCAUAACACAUGCGUGCCAGGAUGCACUCAGCAGCAGCAGCACCAGCAGCAGCACCAGCAGCAGCAGGCAGCCAAUCGCAUCGCCAGCAGCCACGCAACAUGCUUUUGCAGGGGCAGGCAUGGCAGCAGACGCACACGAGGCGCGGCAGCCAGGGCUCCCACAGCCUCCUUCCCCCGCCGCGGCCAGAGCACACCCCAGCAGCGACGGGGCCUGCCGUGGUGCACGGGGUGGCGCGCCAUGCCGGGGGCUGGCCUCCAGGGACCCGCUCAGCGCCGUUGUGCGCCAGCUCAACUGCACCGCCAGCAAGCUGCGCCAACUGCAGGUCUCAGCAAGUGGUGGCCUGGGCGGCGGCAGCAUGAGCUGGGCUCCUGAAGAGGCGAUGGGUGCCACACAGCCAGUCAGGCCUUUGGGGGACG